AUGCCAUUUGAAGUAGUGAGAUCUCUUAAGAUCUACGAAGAGAAGCUCAAGUCUCAUCAGCAAAAAAAGGAAGAACAAGUCCUUUUUUCUCACGGGAUUGAGAAAACAAAGGGUGGAACUACCCACAGCAGAGGACAUGGUCGAGGUCGUCGGCAUGGCCGAGGAAGAGGAAGAAGCAAUGAGAGAGGCUCGGAUGAAAACUGGAAGCCUCGUGAAAAAUCCAUAGUGAAAUGCUACAACUAUGACAAAAUGGGGCAUUAUGCAUCUGAAUGCUAUGCAGAGAAAAAGGAGAAAGCUCACCUCACGAAGAUCGAAGAAAAGGCCGAGUCAAUGCUUCUAAUGGCAACCCUACUACAAGGCACAAUGGAGACUUAA